UUUGCCUCUGCCCUUUCCGUGGGGUUUCUUUUCAUUAGCGGAGAGGAGGACUAGACAGACACGAACCCAAACCAAGAGAGAGAAAGAGGAAGGAAAACAAAUUCCCGAAGGAAAAUCCCCCAAAGGAACGAAGAGAGAAACAGAAUCGAGCCAGCCACCCCUGUGCGCUCUCUCUCCCUCCUUCGCUUUUGCAUUUAGCAGAGAGGCAAACAGUUUGAUUCAACAACAAGAGGAGGAAGCAGACGAAGCUUAACAAGAAGAUCCAUUUCUUCUCUUCCGUCUUCGAUAGAUAGAUACAAAUACGCAGGAAUUAGAGGGAGAGAGAGAAAGACAACGAACCAGGUAGAGACGGAUUGGAUGUUCAUAUAUAGAGAGUAACAGAGGAAGAGAGGGCGAGAGAGGGGAGACACAGACUGUUUUUCCUUAGCGGGAAGCCAUGGGUUUCGUUUGUUGUUUCCACCAGAGGUCUCAGUUUUAUCUGUUCCUCUGUUUCCAUCUUUGAGAUCUUGCCCAUCAUCCUUUUAACACAUUGCCUACUUUGGAACCCCACCAGCGAUCCGUAUGAAACAAACCCUUUCCUACUCUCCAUUAGUAUUUCACCUUAAAAAUUUCAUUGUUUCUGGGCAUUCGAAAUAUCUGCUCUUUUGAUCUUCAAAAGUUUCAAACUUCGAUGUUGUCAUCCUGCAACUUUCACACUAAACAAUUCUCAGUGUUUCCCGGGUUGGGCAAAUUGAAAUUUGUUACGCUUCUUUGCUUCGCGGAGUAUGUUGAUUGGCCUUCUUUCUGUUCUUUUUUUGUCUAGGGUUUCGGCCGGAUCGUCCGUGGGAAUCUGCCCUGGUCUCUGGAGAAUCUGCCCUAAUUGUGGUUUUUAUCAAGUAUUAGGGUUUGUAUAUAAGGAGCAAGGAAUUGGAGAUUUUGGGAUCAGUGGCUACGGUUUUAGCUUCCCACAUUGAAUCUGGCAAAAAUCAGAGGUGGGUUUUCGAUAGAAUCCUCAAAUUACAAUCGAAGAAGUUGCUAACUGGUUCGGGCUGGCACUUAAGAGGUCAGGAUUUUGAUUCCGGAACUUGAUGGAAGCUCUUGAACUGGCUUUUGCUUGCUAGCAGAUUGCGAAUUGGAACUUAAGCAUUUUAAGCAAAUCUUUGAGCUGAUUGGAGCUUUAUUAGUCCCGGGGGCUACUGGAAUUAUACUCAUUGUUACUUCAAGGGAGUUGCCCUCUUAAAUUCUCGUGGUUUCAAGCUGGUUCUCAGCUCAGAUAUUUCGAAGGAACAUCACUCACUUGAGGGGAGACUUCCUUUUGGAUGGUUCUUUUGAGGGAUGAUGUAGUGGUGUAAGCUGGAAAUGACUGCGGGGACAUGGUGUUUGAGCAAGAGCAUAGUUUAUGGUCUGUUCCUGUCUUGGAACAACUGUACGGGAAACUAGAUAAAACUUUUUGUUUGGUGCGGAGCUGCUACUUGGCCAUAUCCAGGGUUCUGUGCGAUGUCUCGUUGCUUUCCAUUUCCUCCACCAGGAUAUGAAAAGAAGAUUAGGAUUGAUGAUGCCGACUUGCUGACAAAGGAGAAGCAUAAGGAGAAAAAACAUAAGAAAGAUAAGAAGCACAAAGAGAAGAGGGAAGAUAAAGACAGGAAGGAUAAAGAUAGAACUAAAGAAAAACAUAGGGAAAAGAAACAACGGAAAGAGAAGGACAAAGACAAGGAGAAGGAAGGGGAUAAGGCGAAAAAUCGAACCUCGGAUGAGAAGAGAGUUGAAGGGAAGAAUACUAUCAGUAAUCAACAGAAGGCUGCCUCAAGUGGUGUUAAUGAAAUCAAUGAUUCAAAAUUUAUUCAGGAGUUGGCCAAAAGGAUCAAGGAUGAUAGUCAAGUAUCACCGAGCCAGAUGGUGCACAAGAUUGCUGCUCCCAGUCAGACGAGGGCAGAGCCAAGAGGAAUCUCCUUGGACAGAAAUGUUGGGAAUCUAUCCAAGGAAAAAGAGAAAAUUAAGGGUAAUGGUGAAGAUCACUGGAAGGCCAACGGGCAAAGGGACAUCGUUGAUGCAAACGAAGUGGAUAAUCCGUUCGCUCAGAACUUCACUGGUAUUGAUACACAUAGAACUGAGGAUCCUGCCAAACAGGCUGCAAAGAAGAAUAGUGAUAAGCCCACAGAAGGGAGAGAGAAGAAGAAGAAACACAAGGAGAGUAAGGCAGACAAAGUCAGAGAUAAAGAUAGAGGUUCAAGAUCAAAGAACAAGGAACGGGAUAAAGAAAAGAAAAAAGAGGAGAGAACGAAAGAGGUAAGAGAACCAGGUAAAGAUCAGAUACUAAAAGAAAGUCAGAACUCCUUGGACUCUGGGCAUAUCAAAACGUCUGAUCUGGCAAAGUUAAGUACCACAACUUUUGGUAGUGAGGGAACUAUUGGGAAGCACAAGGAGCUUGAGGAUGAGAUGUUACAAGAGCCUGGACCUAGAUUAAAAGAAAUUAAUAAUUUCCCCCUCGACUUUCGGAACAUCAAAACCUCAAACCCUUCAAAGCCAAGCAGAACAACUUUCAGCGUUGAGGGAACUCCCGGCAAACCCCAAACUAUUGAGGUUCAGAUAUUAGAAGAAACUGUGCCUAAACUGAAAGAAAGGGAGAAGGACCCCUUGGACUUCCGGAUUGUGAAACCUUUGGAGGCAUCAAACAAUGCAACUUUCAACAAUGAGGGGACUCUUGUCAAACGCAAGGAGCUUGACGAUGGUGGUCACAUAAUAAUAAAAGAAAGUAUCAAGGAGACUCAAGACUUCCAGAACAUCAAAACCAAUGAUGCAUCAAAGUUAAGCAGCACAACUUUCAGCAAUGAUGGAACUCUUGGGAAACGCAAGGAGCUUGACGAUAGAGGUCGCAAACUAAAAGAAAGUAUUGAGGACUCCCAAGAUUUCUGGAAUAUCAAAACCAUGGAUAUAUCUAAGUUGAGCAGCACAGCAUUAAUCAAUGAGGGAACUCAUUGCAAACGAAAAGAGCUUGAUGGCAGUGGUCAGAAAACAAAAGAAAGUAAGAACCACCUUCACUUCCAGAAUAAUAAAAUCUCAGACCCUUUGAUGCUAUGCAGCACAACAUUGAGCAGUGAGGGAACUCUUGGCAAACGCAAAGAGCUUGAGGUCAAUGAACACAUGCUUGACAAUGGUCACAGACCUAGUAAAUUGCGGAGACCUCUUGCUUCCUCUGAUUCAGUUAUCCAAAAUGGAAGGAAAGCAGAACCAUUUCAAGGCACUGUUCAGCUUGCAUCUGAGAAGCAGGAGGCUGCUAUUAGUCAUGGGGUGGAUAUUAAAGAGCCGAAGAUUAAUGGUUUUAUAACUGCGGAACCGUCCAACUCAUGCCCAUUGAGGCCUCCAUCUGCUAAUGUGCCAGCUGCUGGCAGUAAAGAAACUGUAAAAUCACCACAUCCUGAUGCCAAGUAUCUGGAUCAGAUACUUUUUGUGCCUGAAGGGGUUGAUUUGCCUGAUUUCUGCAACCAGGACUGGUUAUAUAGUGGCAUUCAUCAGUCAAAGAAGCCUCGCAAAGACUGUCCUGAGGUUCAUGGAACAAAGCAAGUAUGGGCAGAAGCCCUUCGGAUAGAAUCCGCUGAAGUUUCAGCACUGCCAUAUGUCAUUCCAUAUUGAUUUGAUGCUUAGCAAGUAGGUCAAUGGCUUUGCCAUUCCUUCUGACGGCAGUUAAAAACUGCUUGGGACCUUCUAUUAGGGCAUAUGCUGGCAUCUGCUCUUGAGAAGGUUGGUAUGUCAAUGCUUUCCCCGUUAUAUUAUUUUGGCACGGAUCAGCUUGUUAGAGUGCAGAGAGUAUAGACCAGAUCACCGUUGCAUUAAAAUAAUAGUGGGUUUCUGAUUUAUAUGAUCUGGAAGCGAUUCAUUUUGGGAUCGGUUGCAGAAAACUAACCAAGUUUUGUGCUUUUCCCGAGAAUAUUAGUGGGUUUUCGUUGAAUUGCCUUUUGCUUUUGUGUUUGUGGCAAUUACCUUACCCUUGGGUUUUGGUUAGUCGGAGCUGCGUCUAAGUGAAUUGGAGAGUGAGAUAGGGAGGAGAAGAAACUGUAAAAUGGAUUCCUUUUUGGGACUCUGAUUAAGUUUAGAAUACAGAGUGGGUAAAAGGAGAGUGAGUCGGGGCUGAAGGGGUCAUUUGUGUUUACAAGGCAACAGUUUUGAUUGUUUCGUAGAGGUAUUCGUAAUAAUGUAAAUUUUUCUUAGAAGGAAGAUACGGUAUAAAUAAGCUUAUUCAUUUCCCGUGGUGUUUCCUACUUGAGAUGAUCUCUUUGUUGUUCGAGAGCUGAUUUUUUUUUAUUUUGAAUCAUUGGACCUGUAUAUUAGAUAGUGCAGCGUGGAACAUGUGCUAGAGUGGUUCUCUGUUCAGUUUUCACUUGGACUCUUCAUAUUGUUGAAGCUGAUUUGAUGUUCAUAAUUUCUGGAUAGAGUAGUUGGUAGAGUUGAUUGUAAUGCAAGCAAGGCAAGAGAAGCCGAAGAAAGUUUGUUGAUUGUGGUUCUGUAACUAAUGAGUUCUUAAGCAAGUUGGGAUUUGACCACCUCUAAUUCGUCGAUUUUUGUUUUCUGUCAAGUGAUAGAUUACCCGUGAUUGGCACAUGAAUAUAGCUAAAUUUGGACG